CGUCAAAUUCAAACGAGUAAUGAAUUCAGGCUGUCAUUCCGAAAACAUCGAUAAAUCUAAAGCAGAGGGCAGCACCGAGCCAGUGCCUGCCCGCGCCCUGGGCAUAGCGGACGCCUCAACGCUCCUAUAUCGAUUAGAUAAAUCCUCGAUUGAAAAUACACGCGUCCCGCCCGCGGCGCUCCGCAGCCCUAAACAUGAAUAAAAAACUUAGAAAAACGUGCAAAUGUAAAUACAGUGUAUAAUUAAAAAUAUAACAGACUAGGGGAAACUGUUAAGUGAUUAUCACUUGAAAUGAGUGGUCCUUUGUAAAAUAUAUUGUUUUGUUUAAUGAUUUUUCUGGUGGAUAUUUGUGGUUUUGAUGUUAAAAUGUUUGUGAUUUGGAGAUACCGAUUUGAUAUUUAACGUUCCUGCCCUGCAACCAUCCAGCGUAACCUCAAAACUGUCAAUUCAUCGCCAAAAUGUAUUUAAACUUUACCGUAUAAAAUACCUAACGCGUUACCACGGUACCUCGCUCUUUUCUCACUUUACUCUCAAAAUGUUUUAAAUUUACAUUCAAAAACAGCCAAUAGAAACUGUAUUGGGCCAGUCUUGUCCUUGUUGAGCUUAUUUUAUGAGAUUUUUAAAUACAUACACAUUUUUAUCACACAAUUUCAGUGUGUAUUUUCCGCUUAUACUUGCCAUUAUAUCAAGCGCUGUUUAUCAAAAAAAUACUUCAAAAAGUCCUAUUUUAAGUCUAGCAAAGACUUUUCUACUUGUAAAGCUCCUGAGUACCUGAGUUUUAUGUGCGAAUAAUUGAGAUUCAAAAUGGCGACGCCUCCCGAGUCUCCCGUGGAGGAGCACGCGUACGAGUUGGAGCCGACGCGGACGCCGAAGCCGAUACCCGUGGCCCUGGAGGAGCUGUGUCGGCAGACCAAGUUCUCCAAGCAGGAGAUACGUGUCAUGUAUCGGGGGUUUAAAACGGAAUGUCCGGAGGGCGUAGUACAAGAGGACUCCUUCAAAGAUAUUUACGCCAAGUUUUUCCCUCACGGCAAUUCAGCUCUAUACGCCCACUACGUGUUCAAAGCCUUCGACGUGAACAGCAGUGGAGCCAUCAGCUUUAGGGAGCUCCUAGUAACCCUAUCGACUCUUCUCCGCGGCUCCGUCUACGAGCGGCUCCGCUGGGCCUUCCGCCUGUACGACGUGGACGGCGACGGCGCCAUCACUCGCGGCGAGCUGGCUGAAGUCGUGGUAGCCGUGCAUGAGUUGCUCGGGCGUCGGGCGCCGCCGGGGUCGCCUCACGCGAGACUGGACGACGCUAAGGCUAAUGAACAGGUUGACCGAGUGUUCCACAAGCUAGACUUGAACCAGGACGGCGUGAUCACCAUCGAGGAGUUCCUCGAGUCCUGCCUCAAGGACGACGUGAUCAUGCGAUCACUGCAGAUGUUUGACACGGCGCUAUGACGGCAGACCGACACGCACGCGCGCUCCGACUUCAGGACGGAAUCCAAGCGUCCGCUGCCCCGGCACGUGUGCCGCUGCACGCGCGCGCCGCUGCACGCGGCCGCCGCGGCGUGCUGGUCGCGCGCACGCGCGCUCGCGCGCCACUUGGCUGCACUCCAGCACUUGUACCACGUCUGGCGACCCAGGAUUAACGCCAAGCUGUUUCUGGCCUUCUAAGUGGUAGCUCCCUCACUGCGCUGCAGCACUUAUACCACGUGUGGAAAGUUUAAAACCCAGGCUUAAUGUUAAACUGUUUCUGUCCUUCUAAGGGUGGAGUUGUCACUCGAGCGGAGCGUGCGGCGUCGCGUUUGGCGAUCCAGGCUUAAUACCAAGCUAUUUGUUGCUUUGUCGGAGUAGACAAUCAAGCGGGGCGUGCGGCGCAGCUUUCAUGUUAUCCGAGGGCCACUGAAAGCAAUUGAUUAAAACAAAUAUUUAGCGGUGGAAACUACUGGAAACGUCGUGUAUCGUGGCCGAGCGAUUAACCGGAAUCUACUUAGCGCAUUAUGAAGCGUUUACGAAUAGCGUAGGGACACCACACAUAGACUGUGUACUAAUUUCACUAGUAAAAUGCUGCGCAAUCAGCACUAUUUACCUACUUUACAUACUAUUACUACUACAGCCUGUCUAUUAAAACCCAAUUUUUGUAGAUAUUUUAAAUUGUAAACGUGGAUGCAACUGAUAUGCAGUUGCGUUCCUAUGCUAAAUUAGUACGAGAGCGCCUAUCUGUGGUGACCGCUCGUUGUCCUAAUAAUUUUAUGAACUUUGUUGUAUAGUAAAUUUGAAUGAAUUUGGUUUGUUUUAAAAAGGAAUGAAACAAAAGAAAAACUACUUUAUUUGGUUUAUGAAAGGUUCAAAUUAUAUUGACACGGAGUGUACAUUGUAAUUCAUACUGGGCCUUACGAGGUUAAACAAAUGCAAACGCACGCUGUGCACGCUGCUCUGACGCUUGCCGCUCCGCCGGACGUUCCGCUACGCUCGCCUUGAGGCCACUACUUUCUAUGUUACGUCGCUUCUUUCGUGGCCACAUAUAAACGGUUUAGCAUGCUAUUAUAUCGCUACAAUAAGUUUUGUUUUUACCUACACUCUGAUUCUAACUAUCUCAGAUACUAAAAUGACCAGCCAGUUUACUAAUUGUAGUGCAUAAUUAUUUUCCAUCGUAUUUUCACGGAAACGUACGAACGUGUCUUGCUAAGUAUAUCAGCCAGUCUCGGUACAAAAAGUACUGAGUUU